AUGACAUUUUUUAUAUGGUUGUUAAUGUUAUUUAGCAAUACAUAUAGCCUGAAAAUAAAGGAAAUGGAUUCUUUAUAUUAAUAUAGCUAAUAAUCAAUUGUAAUACAAUAAGAUGCUCCAUCCAUUUUGAGUGCGUUUAGAUAUGGAUUAUGGUCAAAAUAUAAUCCUCUAACAAAUAUUCUUUAAGUUGGAAGUGUAGGUUUAUUUGAGAGUGAUUGUUUUCUUUUGCAUAGGGCUGUUGAAGAGGUAACCUAAGCUCUCAAUCUUAUCUAUUAUGAUUGUUUAGAUGAAGCAUCAUAGAAAAUAAAAAAAACAAUAGCAUUUAUAGAUAAUGAAGAUGUGUAGCAUAUAUUUACAUUUGAUGUUGAUCCUUUUGAAUAUGAAAAUGUGUGGUAUUAUUUCCAAAUUUCAUAAUGGCCAUUAUCAUAAAGAUUUGAACUAAUUUUUAUUUAUUAAGAGAAAACAAUACAUGAAUAUUUGAACAUAAAAUACCCAUUCAAAGAUCAAAAUUUAUUGUUGAUAUUUGGAGGAGGCUUAAUAGUAACUUAAUCUAAGAUUGAAACAAUAGAAACAGGUAUAAAAUUUUCUUAUUUUCCUGGUAAAAUGAUAAAGGUAGAGUAUGAAUUCAUAGAAAUACCUUAAGAAUAAGAUUAAGAAUGGUUUGCUAGAAUGGAAUUUGAACCUUAUUAGUAAUGUAUAUGUAGUAGAAAUGAUGUUUUUAAAGUUGAAGAUUUUACCUUAAAAUGGAUGGAAAAGAAUGUUUAUACUUCAUAAAAUAUUAACUGCAAUUCUUUUAAUUUAUAAGGAUGGUUAAAAAUAACUGAUAUUAUUAAGAAAUCAGAUGAAUUCAUUUAUCACUUAUUAAUUCUUUCAUCAAAUUUUUAGAAUCAAUUUUCAGACAAAAACUUAUCUCCUUUUUCUUUAUCAUAUAAAAUAUCUCCUUUUGGAAAUGAAUUAAUUCUUACAACUUAUAGCUAUACAUUUCCAAAAGUAACAAUAAAUUUUUCUAAUGAUGAAUAAUUAAUAAAAAAAGAAUUUGAUAUUACACAUUCAAUUUAUCUAUGGUAAAAGAUACAAAUAAAGUUGAUCGAAGAUUAAUUGAAGAUUAAUAUAUAGUUUUAUGAUAAUUAAGAUAUUCAUGAAUAUGACUCAGAAUUACAUGUAAAAUAAUUUAAAUGCACUCAAUUAAAAUUAGAAUAUGGGAAUAUAUUUUAGUAAACAGAGAAUUAUUUAAAUAUUUAAACUAAAACAACAUAGUUUAAUAAUUGUGAUACAAAUGAUAUUUUAUAAAGUUGUCAUUAUAGUUGUUAAGAAUGUGAUGGCCCAACGUAAAAUAAUUGUUUGUCUUGUAUAACAGAAUCUUAAAGAAUUUAUUUACCUGGAUUUAAAGCAUGUGUUUGUCCAUUUGAUACAAUUGAUAAAGAGAAUUGUGUAUCUUAUAUAAAUUCAGGAUUACAAUUAUCUAGUAUAAAAAAAGUAUUACCAAAAUGUAAUUAUGGUUAUUUUGAAUACGAAGAUCUUUGUAUACAUUGGUACUAUUAAUUAAUAAAUUAGUCCUUCUAAAAUAAAUGAUAAGUUAGCCACUUGUUAAGAAUGCUUAUAAAAUCCAAAAGGAUGGAGCAAGAAUCCAUAUUGUGAAUAUGAUUUAUUCUUAAAUUAAAAUGGAAAUGUGUAAUCUAUGGAAUGGUAUGGUUAUUCUAUUUAUUAUCUUUUUGAUGGAAAUGUAUUUAUAUAAUGUGAUCAUUGCAAUAGUUCAUAUUCUUUUAUAGUAGAUGAUUCAUAUAUACCAAAUGAAAUCAUUACAUUAAAAAAAUAAAAAAUUAUUUGUCUAAUGUAUAUUAGUAAUUGUUAUGAAUGCUAAAAAACUAUAUAUGGUGAGGAAUGUAUUUAAUGUUAUUAUCCAUAUCAAUUAAUAAAUGGAUCUUGUAUCUCAAUUGAGAAUAAUUUCAAAUAAAAAUAUUGUGAGGCUCCUUAUUAUUUAACAUCUGAAAGAAAAUGUUCUUUAUGUCCUAUAAUUAAUUGUAAGUAUUGUUUUGAAUAUUAAGAAGAUGAUCUAUCUAAAUGCACUUUAUACAAUAAUUUUAUAGAUUUUGAUUCAGAUAUUGAAGCAAAGAUUGGAUGUGCUUUAUGUGAAGAUAAUUUUAUAUUUGAUUUCAAUGAUGGAACUUGUUAAUUUAAAUAAUCAAAAUAAUAGAAUUGUUUAAGAUCAUUUAUAUAUAAAGGAUAAGAAAUGUGUACAUUAUCAUAGAUUGAUGAUUUUAAUAUAGCUCCAGAAAUAAUAAAUUGUUAGAAAUAUUAACCUAAUUGUUUAUAAUGUAUUCGAUCACCAGAAUUUACAAUUAAAUGUGUUUAAUGUGAAAUUGGAUUUAUAACAUCUAUAUAAACUGGAGGAUGUUUUAAAGCAGAUUAAGAUAGUUUAAAUGGAGCAUCAAUUAUAAUUGAAGGUGUUUAUGAAUUAAGAGAUGGAUGGAUUUAGAGAAUUCAGAGUUUCUUAAUGAAAUUUUUACCAAAUAAUUAUUUUUACUUUCAAACUAAACUUGAUUAAAUGAUGACUUAAUAAAUUGUUGAAUGUUAAGAUGGUUAUCAUUUUGUUUCUUCUUACAAAUGUAAUAAAUAUUGUGAUCCUUAAUGUCAGGAAUGUAUAUUAAAUUAUUCAGGAAGUUAUUCUUGUAAUAAAUGUCCAUUAAAUAAAUACUACUAACCAAUUAGAGAUUAGAUUGAUGGAACAUGUUCUGAAUGUUCAUAACUAUGUCAUGCUUGUUAACUUAGAACAAAUCAAGAAAUAUAUGUAAUUUAUUAUUUUUAUCUUAGAAAUUACAAUCAACCUUCAUGUUAAGUAAUUCAAAUUCAAUUCAUACUAAAAAAUGCUUAAAACCUGUAUAACAUCCUUAGAUCUAUUUAGAUCCAUAUGAUCAAAUUGCUAAAUAUUGUUUUGAUCAAACUUGUUCUAAUUAAUUUAUACAUUAGAGGAAAAUUUUUUAUUGUGAAUGGUUUGAUAUAUUUUGGGAAUUUGAUUUAAAUAUUGAUUAUCUUAAUCAAAUAGGAAUAGAUAGCUUAGUUAUUCAUUUUAUUUAUUCAAUUCAAUCUAAAUAGUGCAAAAUUUCUAAUUUUAUUAUUGAAAGUAAACUUAAAACUAAAGUAUUCUCUCUUAAACAUGUUCAUUUUAUUUUAGGCUCUAAUAAAAUUUUGAUAAUGGUAAUGACAAAAGAAGUUUAUGUUAAAAACAUUGAUAAAUUUGAGAUUAAUAGCAUCAUUUAUGAAAAUAAAUAAAGUUAUAAAUUUAUUCUGCAAAAUAAUUCGACAAAUGUGGAAUUAAAAUUGACAAAUGUUACCUUUAUAGAUAGCGAAAUGAAAAAUAUAUAAGCUAUGUUUUAAAAUAAUGCAUUUGGUGAUGUUACAUUUUAAGAUUUCUCAUUAGUAAAUACAAAUUUUGAAAAUUCAUCAAUUUUAAAUCUAUUUGGCCAAGACCUUAAUGGAAUCAUUGUUUUAGAAAGAAUUAUUAUUCAAAAAUGUGUUUUCAUUAAUUCGAAUUUAUUUUAAUCUACAAAUAAUAAAGUUCUGUUAGAUGCUAAAGAAAUACUUAUAGAAGAUAGUUAAUUUACUAACUCUUCUUUAUUUUUAAUUGAUUCAAAUUUUUAACAAUUAAGUAUAUUUGAUUUCUUCAAUGUUACUAUUAUCAGAACUAAUUUUACAAAUUCAAGUUUUCUUUAAAGUAAAAAUCAUGUUGCUUUUUCACUCAAACACUUAUUAUUCUCAUCUAAUAUAUUGCUAUUUUCUGAACUAUUUGUUUUUUAAUAUAAUUUCUCAUUUUCAUAUAUCUAAAUUUUGGAUUGUCAAUUUUAAGAAUCAAAGUUUAUUUAGAUGAUUGAGAAAAAUGAAGAUUAAUCCAUUUCUGUCCUUUUUAAAUAUCUUAAAACUUAAAAAACCCAAUUUAUAAACUCUAGAUUCUUGUCUUUAUAAAGUAAUUAGGAGUUUAGUUAGGUUGAAUUUAUGAUAUCGAAUUCAGCCUUUAAAGAAAUAACAGGAGUAAAUAAUACUGAUAUUAAAUAAUUUCUUUUUAAAAUAAGAUGCUCUAUAAUGUAUAUGUAAGAUAUAACUUUUAUUGAUUUAAAAAAUCUUCUUAUAUUCCACAUUUUUGAAAGUAAUGAAAUUAUAGUAGAAAAUUUAAUUUAUGAAAAUUCAGCUUAAGUUUAUUAAGUUCCUUUCUCAUAAAAUUGUCAAGUUAAAACUAAUGAGAAAAACUAACUUUUAAAAAUAGAAAGCUUUUAUUCAUUAAUAAUAAAUUCUGUGAAUAUAAUUAAUCAAUUUACUUCUGAUGAAUCAUUUAUAGAUUUAUCAUAAAGAAGAGAAUUUAAUUCUACAAGAUUAGAAAUUAUUGAUCUUACUUUUAGAGGAAAUAUAUUAUUGUUUAAAGAAUCUACGAAAUCAUUCUCUCUUUUAGCUUUAAAUUCAGAAUGGGAUAUAGAUGUUAAAAUUAGGAAGAUUUAAUUUAUUGAAAAUUGUUUUCAUUCAAUAGCUAAUAAUUUUUUUUAGUCCUACUCUUCUUUACUUUAUCUUAAUAUAAAAACAAGUAAGAUAUAAAUGUUAAAUUUUGUGUCUGAAAGAAAUGCUUUUACAAAUUCAUCCAACACAUUUAUCUAUAUAAAUUCAAAAACAUUAUUUAUUUAAGAUUUAAAAAUUCUUAAUCAUAAUGUUUUAUCAUAUUAACAAUGGGAAAGAUUUUAUGGAUUAAAAUUAGACAAAUUUUAUGAUUAAUAAUAAAUUAAUUAAAUAGCCUUUAAGAUUUUUAAUAUAUCGAAUAUAGGAGGAGUAGCUCAAAUAACAACAUCCAUUUUUAAUUGUUUAAAUUGUAACUUUAAUAAUAUUCUUGCAUUUAAGAGUGCUAUUUUUGAGAUAACAGCUUUAGAUUUAGGAAUAGUCAUAUUUAGAUCAUUUAUAGUAAAUGAUAUUCUAUAAGAUUUAAGACAAGUUUCAAAUAGUUCAGGUUGUGUAAGUUUGUACUCAUCAGAUGGCCUUAUAAAUUUAGAAAUUUAAAACUCUAUUUUUAAGAAUGUAUACAAUAGAAUGUCAUCAUCUAUUUUAUCAAUAUAACCUUCAAAAAUCAAAAAUAAGAUAAAUUUAACUGAAAUUUAGAUAUUUGAUUGUUUAUCUUUGAUGAAUCAAAUUUUAUUUGUAGAAUUCUCUGAUGAAUUAGUGUAUAAAAACACCUUAAAUUUAGAAAAUAUAAUUGUAUAACAAAAUAAGGAAUCAUGGAUAUAACUAUUUUAACAAAUAGGAAAUCUUAGCUUAACAGAACUUCUACGCAUUUCCAGUAGUUAAAAUUCAUUAUUUUACAUUAAAAGUAGUUCAAUACGUAUCAGAAAUGUUAGAUUUGAAGGUCUUUAUAUAUCACCAAUUCUAAAAAUUAUAAAUGCACCUAAUAUAGAUUUCUAAAAAUUUGAAGCAAGAUUUGUAUAACAAAUAUACUCUUUUACUUUGAUAAGUAUAAUUUAAAUGAUAGAUAUUGAAACAAUAUCAAUGAUACAAUAAUUAAAUAUUCAGAAUAGUUCAAUAUAGUAAGUAGGAUCUCAAAGAAUAUUUUUGUAGAAUAAUGAUUAUAUACUUGAAGGAUGUGUUAUUAUUAAUAAAUAAUAAAAACAGAUAUCAGAUCCAUAUUAUUUAAAUUAUAUUAUAAAUGCUCUAGAAUAACAUUCAUCAACUUAACUUUCAUUAAUCCAUAUUUAAAGUCAAUCAAAUAAGCAUUCAUUUUAUUUUAAUAAACUAGAAAUAAUUGAAAAUAAUUGUUUACAUUGCACUGAUGGUUUAUUUUAUCUUAAUUUAAUAUCUUUCUAAAAAAUCACAAUAUUAUAAUUAAACUGUUAUUAUAACAAUAUCUAAUAUUAUGGAUGUUUAAAAAUUUUAGAUGAAAAUAAAAUCUCUUCAAAGAUUCAAAUAUUAAGUUCAUCAUUUAUUCGAAAUAAAGGAAAUUAAGGAGUUGCAAUCUCAUCAAAUAGGCCAAUAAAUAUAAUAUCAUGCAAAUUUAUUUAAAAUAUUGCCAGUUUUAGAGCAGGAAGUUUAUACUUAGAAUUAAAUAAUGAUUAAUUUAUAAUUAAAAAUUCUAUUAUUAUAGGAAAUCAAGCCUAAGAAGGAGGAGGAAUCUAUUUAAAAGGAGAUAAUAAUUUAAAUAGUUAAAAUUUUAUUUAAACAUAUCUUAAAUUUAAUGAAGCUUAUAAUUUUGCUAAUAAUCUAGUUGAAAGUCCAACAAAUUUAGUUUUACUUAUUAAUUAAUUUGAAAUGAAGUCAUUGAAAUUAAAUAGUGAUAAAGUUUAGACAAACAUUUUAAAAAUAUAACCUUAUUAGACUAUUGAUCAAGAAAAUAGAAUGGAAUCUGAUUAUUUAAUGAUACCUAGUGGAUAAGCUAUUCAAUCAUUUUCUAUCUCUAUUCCUAAAUUAUAAUAAACAUAUAAAUAGAUUUAACAAAUGACAAUACAAUUUAAAAAUAGUUUAAAUGAAUUACAAAAAGACUUGAUUAAUUCAACCUGUAAAAUUAAUGAUCAUAUUAUAUAACUGAAUGAUACAAUUAUUAAUGGUAGUCUUUAAAAUAUUGAAUUACUUUAUAAUAUUGCAUAAAGCACUUUUGAUUUAAGUCCAAUAUCUUUUAAAUUUGACCCUUAUAACUCAGAUUACAAAUACUUAGAAAUAUCUAUUUAUUGUUCAAUUUAAAAUUAUUAAAAUCCUCUAAAUUAUAUUAUAUAAGCUAAAAGUUACAAAUGCUAACUUGGAUAAUUCUAUAUAGAUGAGGGAUGUUAGAUUUGUGAAUCAACUUAAGGUUUUUAUUCUGUAACAUAUGAUUCUAAUAAAUGUUCUAUAUUUGAUAAGGAGAAGUUUGAAGAGAUAACUUCAAAUCAAAUUAAAUUAAAAGAAGGUUAUUGGAGACCUCAUUAUUUAUCAGAUGAGUCUUCCUUAUGUUUUAAAAUAACAAGUUUUUGUGUAGGAGGGUGGGAUUAAGGAGAUUCACUUUGUAGUAAAGGUCAUGUUGGAGCAUUGUGUGAAGAAUGCGAUAUAUAUGAUAUUAGAGGAGAAGGUAAAUAUUUAAAAAAUUUAUAAAACUCAUCAUGUUUGCCUUGUUUUGGUAUUGAAGAUAGUAUUAUGCCUUUCAUUUUAAAUUCAAUUUGGUAUAAUCUAUUAUUAAUAGUUUUAGGGCAAUUGUGUCAAUAGUACUUACUUUAAAAAGUAUUGAAAAAUCUAAUGAUCUAUUUUUGUUUCUGAAAAUCAAAGAAAGAUUCAGCUAAAUACUUUUUAAAUUAAAUUAAGGUAUUAUUUUUUAUUAUUGUAGAUCUUGUAAGUAUUUUAAUUAAAAUGUUCUUAAAUUAUUUAUGGAUAUUUUCUGUGAUUUUCACAUUUAAUAUUAACUUUUCUUUUUAAUUUAACUUUGUUGAUUAAGCUAGUAAUACCUCCUAUUCAAUGGCUAAUAAUUUAGAUUGUUAUUUAUCUGAUGCUAUAGAAAUUCAAGUAAUCUAUUCAAAAAUUAUUCUCAUAUUGAUGUUAAUUUUAUGGCAAUUUAUAAUUAUUAUUUUUGGAUUGGUAGUAUUUUCUAUUUUAGUCCGUUCAAAGUUCAAAUCCAAUAUCAUUUCAAACACUUUACUUUGCUUAUAUAUUUUCAAUUAUGCAGGUUUUAUUAAAAUGUAUAAAGUUAAUUAUAAUUUAGGUUAUGUUCUGUAGUUUCAUAUAGAGAAAUAGCCAAUAUUAAAUAUAUAUAAGGGGAUUUAACUUUAGAAUUUGAUUCAGAAACUCAUCAUUUAUGGAUGUUUUAUUUAGUAAUACCUGGAUUAUUAAUAUUUGGCUGUUUAAUUCCUCUUUCUUUGUUUUUUUUAAUGUAUUUCAAAAGAUAAGAAUUAAAUUUGCAUACAUUAAGACCACACAUUUGUUAUCUUUUUAAUGAAUAUGAAAAAAAAAGUUAUUAUUGGGAAUAAAUAAAACUGAUCAAAAGAGCUAUAAUGAUCCUUAUUUUAACAUAUUUUGAAACUAACAUACAUCUAAAAGCAUCAUUAAUUGGUUUAUGCAUGAUUUGUUAUCAAAAAUUAGCAGUUAGAUAACAACCUUACAUAAUUUCUAAAUUUAAUAAAUUAGAUUUACACACUGGUUAAAUAUGCUCUAUUACUAUAUUUUUAUCUGCUAUUAAAUAUGAAAGUGAAAAGCUUAAUAAUCAAGUAAUAUCUCUUGCUCUUUAAAUUAUUCUUAUGUUACUCUUUCUUCUUAUUUCUUUUCCAUUCAUCUAUAAUAUAUUAUAGAUUUACUACAAUAAAUAUAGAUUACUUGCCUUGAAAUAUAUACAUUUAACUUUUAAGCAUUUAAAAUUAAGAUAUGCAUCAAAAAUGUUUGAAUAAUUUAUAGAUGAAUAAUAAAAAAAACACUAAAAACUUAAAGAAAAUUUAACCAAAUUAAGAAAGUAUCUUAUUGUUGUUUCUAAAGCUUAAAUUAAAAAUAGACCGUAUUUAUUUAUUUAUAUUUAGUUCUCUUUUUAAUUCUAUGAAUAACAUAUAAAAUUAUCAACAAAAAUUAUUAAGUACAGAAAUUCCAGGAUAAUCAGUCUUAUUAACAGCCAAAAGAUUUGAAUGA